CGCGCUCCCGCGGCUUGAGCUUCGCGGCCACCGUACUUCUCGUUCACAACAAUCAUGGCGUCCUCAAUGUCACUUCUCGGCUUAGGACGUUUAUCUGCGUUCAAUGUGGCUUCAAAACUCUUCCUGAGCCCUGCCAGGUCUACAAGCACGUCAGUGGCGAGGCUGGCACAGAAACCAGGACAAGAUGCGCAGCUUAUUACUGUUGAUGAGAAAUUGGACAUCACGUCUCUGACAGGGGUCCCAGAAGAGCACAUCAAAACCCGUAAGGUUCACAUCUACGUGGCGUCCAAGACAGCCAUGCAAUCUGGGAGCAACAGCACCAAGAAGUGGAAGAUGGACUUUGACACCAGAGAGCGCUGGGAAAACCCCCUGAUGGGCUGGGCUUCAACGGCUGAUCCUUUAUCUAACAUGUUGCUGGCGUUCACCUCCAAGGAAGAUGCCGUCGCUUUUGCUGAGAAAAAUGGUUGGAGCUACGACAUCACAGAGAAGAGGAGCGCAAAGCCGCGGGUGAAAUCCUACGGGGCAAACUUCUCCUGGAACAAGAGGACCAGGAGGUCCGGAAAGUAAACUGAAGACACCCAUCUGUUCCCUGACUUGACCCGCAUCACUCUUGUCAAUAAAUGCACGAAUAUAUAUCUGAAAACCAAACAUCUGGGUCAUUAUGGCUUUAUCUCUUCAAACACUCACCUCAUUACUGAUUACCUAAUAAAGCCUUGUCGAUUAA